AUGUUGCUAGUCAUCCUAUAUCGAGCCGAAACUGGACAGCUGCGGAGGGCAUUCAUGCUUGCUUCGCUGGCUGGGCGUGCGGCCACUGCUUUGCGCUUGAACCACGAGCGGCCCGACUCCUCGGCAACCUCACUCGAGGUCAGAAGACGGCUGAUGUGGUCACUGAAGCUCGUCGAGCGUUAUUUCUCGGUCGGAUUGCCUGAAUUCGAGCUCUGCCCCGUGGAGAACAUUUACAUUCAACUGCCUUGCGUCGAGUAUCAGUUCAGUUCCGACGGCUGGGACUGGAGCACUCUAGAUGACCAGGGAUCAUACCACAUCAGCGUCAAGCUGGAGAUGUUUCGUCGCGAUGUGAUGAAGCUGAAUCGGUCAUUGGCGCUCUGUGAUCAGCCAUUCUCCAGCUUACCCAAGAUGAUGAAUGAUUUUCAGCAACAUCUAGACCGGAUUGGGACGCUGCUGCCGGACGGCGUUGAACCGACGCAAGAGCAGCUGGAACGUUGGAUUACCAGCCAAUGGCUGCCAAGGUACCUCAUCAUGAGGCUGUCGUUUCACCAGAUUCACAUUGAUCUCUACCGACUGGUUCUGCGCAGGUUUCGAGACGCUGCGCCACGCGUGGUCCUGGACGCUCUCGGAGUCGAUUUUCUCGAUCACGCCGAAGCGAUGUGCAUACACCAUGCCAAAAUGUCGGUUCACACGAUUGCUACCAUGAACUCCACAUUGGUGGAGGAGCCGACGCGAUUGCUCGAGUUUGACACGGCUAUUUGCGCUUACACCGCAUCACGGAUGCUCCUUUUCACGGCGCGCUUUGGACAAACCAGCGAGCGAACGAGUGAGGAGUUUGCGCUCGGUAGAGCCAAUAUGUGUUUCCCCUAG